AUAGGUCACACGUACACACGAUACCAUCAGUUUAAUUACCUUGUUUAAAUUUGAUCUGUUUUAUCCUGUAAAUAGUUCUGUUAUUGUAUAGAUAUGUAUGUUAACAUCAACCGAUAAUACGCUAAUGGUUUUUUCUAGCGUGUAACAGGAGACAUUUGCAAUCGCGACCAUGGUCCUUAAGAUUUGCAUAUGAAUAAAUGAAUUGCAGUUGGACACUUAACAUGGUAGAAUUCAAAGUGUAUUCUGGGCGUAUGAAAACAAUCAUGCGUAAAAUCUGCCGCUGUUUCUCAACUCAUCUUAGGAUAUUUGGAUUAGCGUGUGUUAUAUUUCUUUUCUUCUGGAUCUAUCAACAAUAUCUAAGCUACCGCACACUGAUAACAAUGGCACAGCUGAGGAAGGAUCUUAUUAUACCCCCCUUUGCUGAACAGGAAAAUGGCAAGCACGAUAUUAUUCUAAGUGCAUAUAUGAACAGUGGAUCAAGAUUUACUGGCAGACUACUUGGCUUUAUCAACCAAUCAUUCUUUUUCUACGAACCGCUGUGGAAGUUCACUGUCUGGGAUUACUACAAGCCCCCUGAUGUACGAUGUAGCACCACGGAAGGCUCGUGUAGAACUGUGCAGACUGAGAGCGAAAACGAGUUCUACAAAGACCAGUUUGAAAAAUCUAAAGAGGCUAUUGUUGCAGGUAUACCAAGUGAUACACAGCCAAUUGAAUUGAUGCUGCAUGUGUUGUCUAGUAUAUUCGGCUGUCGCCUUGUUCACAUGAAGAAUGUUAUACAAGAAAGAGUACACGAUCAUGCUGGUUAUGCAGGUCCAAGCUGGGAGUCUUAUAGAGCAUGUUUGUCUGUAUUCAAUCCAAAAAGUAGAUGUUUACGUCAACUGGAAGAUAUUUGCAGAAAUAAAACACACAGAGUUUUGAAAGUGCUACGACUCUCUUUUACAACUUUUAAACCUUUGAUGGAAAUUAAUCCGCGAUUGAAAAUAGUGCAUCUAGUCAGAGAUCCACGGGCAAUUAUUCAUUCGCGGCUGUAUUCGAGAUUUUAUGCUAUAACUAACCCGAGAAAGAAUGAGUCGUUAGAAAGGAAUCUUUGUGAGAAAAUGUUGAAUGAUAUUAAUGGAGUUAUUCUUCUCAAAAAACAUUAUCCCGACAGAAUAAUUGUGUUAUAUUAUGAAGACUUGAUAAAAAACUUACAUGUUAGAUUAAAACAGAUUUAUAGUAAACUUAAUUUGACAUAUAUCCGUGAAGAAGCGGAAGCAUGGAGUAAAGUAAAAAUUAAUCUAUCACCACCAGAACUGGGAGGUAAUUUCACAAGAGACAGAAAGAAUGAUAAUGCAUUUUGGUGGAGAAAGUUCAUGUCUUGGGACGAAGUGCAAAAAGUAGAUGCUCACUGCAGAGACGUGUAUGAAGUGCUUGGGUAUAAGCAACUUAGUGAAAGCGAACUACGUGAUGUAAAUUUACCAAGUUAUGAAAUUCCUACAUUUCUAAAACUGUAAGAUUUACUAUUUCAUCACAAUAUGCAUAUAUAACAAGAUAACAGAUCUCUUUUAGUUUAACAAGAGGGUCAUCAUGACCCUAUACUGCUCUGGCUCAAAUGGUACAUGAUGUCUUGGUAGGGGACCUCUACACAAUGCUAUAUACCAAAUACCUAAGCUUUGGUCCUUGACGUUAGAGACUCUAUGGGUGAGGCCAAUUUGACCACUGAGGCAUGAUGUGAAUAAACUUGGUAGAGAACUGCUACACAAUGUUUCAAGUUCAAUGACUCGAGGCUUUAGACAACAAGAUUUUAAAGUUUUUCCUUCGUAAGUCGAUGUAAAACAAGUAAAACCCUGGACAGGACCAAUGCCCAGGGGCAUGAUUUGCACAAAAUUGGACCACUGCACAAAGCUACAUGCCACAUAUCUAAGUCUUGUGGUUUUAGAGAAAAAAUUGUUUAGGGUUUUCUUAUAUAAGGUUAUGUUAAACAAGCGAACCUCGGGGCGUAUCCAUUUUUCUGUGAGGCCGAUUUGACUCCACGGGCAUGAUUUAAACAUCGUUUAUUGAAGACCAGUAGAAGUGAUGCAUGCCAAAUAUCUAAGCUCUGGGCCUUGCAGUUUUAUAGAGUAGAUUGAAAUUUCUUUUUGGGUUGCCAUAACAAUCGAAAUUCUGCGUGGAAUGAAUUUUUGUAAUAAUUUUGGUAAAGGAUCAUCCUAGGAAUACCCAGGCCAAGUUUCAUCAACCUCCGCCAAGCAGAGUAGAUGCCGUUUGAAGAAACGUUUUGAAGGACUGACGCACUGACAAUAGCUCAGCAAUCGCCCUUUUUCGACACACUGUUUAUUGACUUUUGACGUCGUCGUAGUUGAAGUAGUUUCGUUUUACACUGACUCAAUUUCCUUUACCAUGAAUUUCUGUACCAUAAUGAAGGCUAAUGUCGCCGAAACGAUGUUAAUAAAUAAAGGUGGUAGUUAUCACUACUUUUAAUACAUGUAUACAAAAGUAUAAUAGUGACAGUAUUUUGGUAUAAUUUACUUUGAUCUCUUGGCUUAAAAUUAACAUCUUAUAAUUUAUAAACAGUUAUUGUAAAAUCGUAUUAUUGUGAGAUAAAUAUAAACAAGUAAAAAAUAUAAAUGUUUGUCCCACCUUUCUAACAAAUUGGAAUGAAAGAACAUCUAAAUACCUCCGGAUUUCCCGAUGUACUUUACUUUCAGAGUGCUUCUCUAGCAAGAGUAUGCACCACAUUGUUAGCCCAAUGUCAUACACUGGAAAUCAUUCAAAUAGUAUUCCGACCAGUCACACAACACAAACUAUCGACCGACGUUUUUAGAAGGCGUUGUGUAAUAUCUAUAGAAAGUUAUAUUUUUUGUAGAAUGUGUAUUUUUCCAGCAUCAUUGUCGUUAACGGGAUUCUUUUCCGUAUUCUCAUCUAACCUUCUUUAUAACAUUUAUUACUUUCAGUGAGAAAAGUAUGGUCUUCCAAAGAAAUGAUUUGAUUAUUUUGGCUCAACAAUCACGCCAGAUGUUCCCUGUAUUUGGUAGAUCAUACUGUUAAAGCAGGAAAUGAACUGUAACAUUGGCACUUACAUUAGAUCAGUUUGUUUCCAUUUAAAUGAGUUGUAAGAAAAAACCUUGAAAAAACUCGUCUUACGCCCUGGGAUGUCACGCGCUUUAAAUGACGUCAAUACAAACUACUUUUAAUUUAACAAACCUACGUCAAAGACGAGACAAAAUUAAGUUGUAAAAUAAAUAAGAAAAGACAA